CCCUUCAGAAGCACGACAGUAACCUGCAACAAGCGCCACACUGAUCCAGAGGUAGAAACAGGGAGAGGAAAGUAGACCUGGACCGCAAUGGGGACUAACUGAACCGCAGGCGCUGCUAGAAAGACUCAGUUUAUUGUGCGCGCGUGCUGCUGGCUUUAGCCCCGUUUGAAGCUGCUAACCGACGGAGACGGUGGAGGUUACCCCACCUGAAUACCUGCAGGGUUUCACUCCUACAUUAGAGGGAGGGGAAACGGAGACCUCCACACGGGACAGGAGAAAGUUUCUGAAAAGCUUAGCGCCACCUUAGCGGCUCAACAAUGUGGCUGACCCCGGCUACGUCCGUCUCUUCGUCGGUUGCCCUGCUAAUCCUGCUGGCGGUCCGCUGGUCCCACAGCGUUUUAAUCUCUCCUAAUGAGGCGAACCAGUUUUUGAGAAGACACAAGCGAGCAAAUCAAGUUUUUGAGGAGACGAAACAAGGACACUUGGAGAGGGAGUGUGUGGAAGAAAUGUGCAGCAAGGAGGAGGCUAGAGAAGUGUUUGAAAACGACCCAGAGACGGACUACUUCUAUCCCAAGUAUAUUGCCUGCGUGGAGAAAUUUGGGAAUUCUGAAAAGAAAAAGCAGGAUCUGGUCACAUGUGUGCAUAUGAUUCCAGACCAGUGUUCUCCUUCUCCUUGUGAUGCCAGAGGUACGGUGCGCUGCGAGGACAAAAAAGGCGACUUCCAUUGUCACUGCUUUACAGGCUGGACAGGAGCCAGUUGUGAUAAAGAUGUGGACGAGUGCACCAAAAACAAUGGAGGUUGUGAGCAUGUGUGUAACAACACGGUAGGGAGUUACCGCUGCUCGUGUCACGAGGGCUUCAUGCUGGUGGGUCGCCACAUGUGUAACGAUAUCAAUGAGUGUGAGGAUUCAAGCGUGUGUGGGACAGCUCUGUGCCAGAAUAACGAGGGCGGCUAUGAUUGCUUGUGCGAGGAAGGCUACGUCUACGACAACCAAAGCAAAAGCUGUGUUGAUGUGGACGAAUGCCUUUCUGGCGUUUGUGAGGAGGAGUGUUUGAACAUUCCCGGGAGUUUCCGCUGCUUCUGUGAUGGUCGUCAGGGCAGGAAGCUGGGACAGGAUCAGAGGAGCUGUAAGCCUCUAACAGCGUGUAUGUCGCCCUCCAUGAAGAGGAAUCCUCGUUCUCUUUAUUUGGGUCGCAUGUUUAGCGCCGUGCCCGUUGUGAGACUGCGUUUCCGCCGUAUGGUUCACACAGGUUUCUCUGCAGAGUUUGACUUCCGUACAUAUGACAGUGAGGGGGUGAUCUUCUUCGCAGGAGGGCAUCUCAAUAGCUCCUGGAUUGUGCUUGCAAUGCAUCAAGGGAAGCUGGAGCUGCAGCUCAAGUACGGUGCCGUCAGUAGAGUCACCAGCAGUGGGCCAAUGGUCAAUGACGGCCAGUGGAGAAAGAUCUCAGUGGAGGAGCAGGGACGAAGCCUUGUGAUAAAGAUUGACAGGGAGGCUGUGAUGAAGAUCGCUGUAAACGGUGACCUGUUUACUCUGAAGAAAGGCAUACAUGAACUUAACCUCACUGUUGGAGGAGUUCCUUUCCGACAGGAUGGCCUCGUCAAUCAGAUAAAUCCCCGCCUGGACGGCUGUAUGAAAGAGUGGCGCUGGCUGACGGGGGAAGACACCUCAAUCCAAGAAACCAUUCGAUUUAAUGACAACAUGCAGUGUUUCAGCUCUGAGGUUCCUGGAGCGUACUACCCUGGAAGGGGCUUUGCUCUCUUCAACAUCAGCUAUGGUCCAGAAACAAAGAACCUGAGCAUCCAGAUGACGUUACGCCCACUUUCUGCUAUCGGAGUGCUGUUUGCUCUGGUACACCAAGACCAAGUCCCUCUCUCCAUCGCUCUGUCUGACUAUAACCCCACCACAGAGGAGUGGAGAGAUUUCAUCCUGGUUUCUGCAGGCACUGUUGUUAUUGCCAGCUCUCCUGCACUGCUGUGUGACGGGGAGAGUCACAACAUCCAGGUGACCAUCUCUGGCAACCAGACUCUUCUUCUGGUUGACGGCAAGCCUGGACGAAGCGAGGAGGCAGAUUUCACUACAGAUGUCUUCUCACAUUCAAGCACAUUUAUAGGAGGUCUCCCAGAUGUUUCCUUGGUGUCCACGCUUGUGUCGGCUCCCUACAACGGCUGCAUGGAAGUAGCUGUGAACGAUCAACCUCUAGAUCUGGACACGGCCAUUCACAAACACAACGACAUCCGUUCUCACUCCUGUCCCCUGCUGAACUCUCAGCUGUAACCAAAACCAGUCUACGAGCAGGUCUUUGACUUGAUGGGGGAACAUGUCCACUGAAAAUCCUGUAACAUUGGGUGAUACGGUAGCUUCAAUUGAAACUACUUUUUUUUCCCAUAAUUUGGCAAAAAGGCUUGAUAGAGGCAUCUGCUUAGGUUUCCACAAGUUUUACAUUUCUGUGAGAGAAAAGCCAGAUGGAAAAUGAGCAUCAGAUCCCCUGUACCCAACAGGAAUCAAGAUAUAUUUUAUAUUUUAUAUCUGAUGCUAAUGUAUUACAGGUUUGUAAUGAUUUUCAGAGUACUGUUAAAUGGUUACUUUAUCUGAUCGCUAAAACAUAGAUUUCUCUUGAAGUCGAAGGCACUUCUAAUGCUUGGAUAAAAUAAGUGUUAACAAAUGCUUAACAAGAUGGACCCAAUUACACACUGCUCAGACAAACCCAUCAUCUGGUGCUUUAACAGCUCUGAGCAUUCGGUGCAUAAAAACACUCUGAUUGUGAACCUAAAAAACAUAUUUGCCCUUAAAAUGCUGAAUCUCCUCUUGAGCCACAGCAUCAAGACACAGCGUUGUGUUUUGUUGAUGACCUUGCACAUAGUUACAGGUAGAAAUGGACUGCAGCAUAACGUUGUUUUUUUUAUUAUUAUUUACUCUCAAUUAGAAUAGCACUUCAUGUCUGCCUGCAACCUUAAAAAUCAACCAUGUGCCUAGAAAAUAACAGCCAACCCAAACCUGUCAACAGCUCCCCUCUGAUCAGGUGAACCGUUUUGCAACCGUGCAGUACUGUAACCCCCUCCAGAUGAAACCAAUGUCCGCAUUGUCCCGGUGGGUUCAUUGUUGAACCUAAAUCCCCGAUUCCAUCACAAAUCCUCUUCUUUUCCCAGGAGUCACAGUUUAAAACCUGUCAUAUAGCAAACCGACAUCCACAGAUUUAGCCACUAGAAGCACACGGAGAGCGGAAGGGGCACCGAGCACUAGAUCAACCCGACCACACAAGCUACUGAGAACAAGAAGAGCGGCUGUAUUAUACUGUGUGUAAAUAAUGUUACUGUAAAAUGCUUUAGAAAUGACAGAAAUCUAACACUACCUUCUGCUGCAAUAUUUGAUUGUUUCAACAAAAAAUAAAACAUUACAAUAGGCCUUUGCAGCGCUUCGCUGCUCUGGUCUAAUUAAAGCCUCUCGACCUCUGCAUCUGAGAAAAGUUUUAGCAAUAAGUUGGGCUGCUUGACACAGAAACUGAGAGGUGGGAAGAGCAAUAGCCUGGAAUCAAAGUAGCUUCAGUCUGUAGGAGCUGAUUUUAAUUUAUCGGUGCUGAGCAAAUCUAAACACUUCAAAACUGAGAAUGUCUAAGGAGCAUUUUUUGACUUGAAACGCCAAAAGGGCUCCAGUGUUCUUUUACAUCCUCGUCAUUUCAAAGUUUUAUUAUGAAUGAAUGCAGGAGUAUUAAGUUCAACCUUUUAUUGUAUUAUUUUUUUUUAUCAUGUGUUGUAUCUUAAACUAUUCCCUUAUUUGUAUUUUUCACCUUAAACUGCCAGUAUGUGUACAAUGCUGCAAGAUGUCUGCCUUUUGAGUUUUAACUUCCCUUAAACCUAUUUAAAAAUAAAAUCCACUGUAUGAACAUUAUAUUAAAGAGUAAAAUUGUAUUUUCAAAAAAA